AUGUCUGAUUUUCAAUUAGAAAUUUUACAAAAAUUAAACGAUUUGAAUGAGAUCAAAUCUACUAUAAAAGUUUUCCCAACUGUUUCAUCACAAGAUGUACUUUCCGCGUUAAACUCUUUGAAAGCUCAUAAUAAAUUGACUUACUCAAAAAUCGAUUCUAUCCACUACGAUUUAAGCGAUGAAGGUAAAGAAAUUGUAACUAACGGUUCUCAUGAAGUUAAAUUGACCCAAUUAAUCAAUGAAAUGGGUAAACUACAAAUUAAAGAUGUCAUGUCCAAAUUCGGUGCCAACGGUAAAGUUGGUCAAGCUCGUGCUUUCAAAAAUGGUUGGAUUGUGAAGAAUAAAGAAAACGAAUUGGAAUUAAAAGAAAAUAUCAACGUGAAUGAAUUAAAAGACGAAACUAAAGAUUUAUUAACAUUGAUCUCACAAGGUUCUUACGAUUCUAUCGAUAAUAAAGUUAUUGCUGAUUUGAAAAAGAGAAAAUUAAUCGUCCAAAGAAAGGAAACCGAUUUUAUCAUUACUAAAGGUGCUGAAUUUUCUUUAGAGUUAACAAAAUUAGAAACUGAUAUAACUUCUGAUAUGAUUGUCACUGGCGCUUACAAAGACUUGAAAUUUAAACCAUACAACUUCAACUCCCAAGGUAUAUCAACUCAAUCCGGUGCCUUACAUCCAUUAAAUAAAGUCAGAGAGGAAUUUAGACAGAUUUUCUUCUCAAUGGGUUUCACAGAGAUGCCAUCAAAUCAAUAUGUCGAAACUGGUUUCUGGAAUUUUGAUGCCUUAUAUGUCCCUCAACAACAUCCUGCCCGUGAUUUACAAGAUACUUUCUACAUCAAGGAUCCUCUAACUGCUGACUUACCAGAAGAUAAAGUUUACAUGGAAAAUGUUAAAGCAGUACACGAAAAUGGUAAAUUCGAUUCCAUAGGUUACCGUUACAAUUGGAAGGAAGUUGAAUGUCAAAAAUUAGUCUUGAGAACGCAUACUACUGCCAUCUCUGCUGCCAUGUUACAUGAAUUGGCAAAAGAUCCAAAACCAACCAGAUUAUUCUCUAUUGACCGUGUUUUCCGUAAUGAAGCCGUCGAUGCUACUCAUUUAGCUGAAUUCCACCAAGUCGAGGGUGUCCUUGCAGACUAUAACAUCACUCUUGGUGAUUUGAUCAAAUUCAUGGAAGAUUUCUUUGCAAAGAUGGGUGUCACUGGCUUAAGAUUCAAACCAACCUACAAUCCAUACACUGAACCAUCAAUGGAAAUCUACUCAUGGCAUGAAGGUCUAGGUAAAUGGGUUGAAAUUGGUAACUCCGGAAUGUUCAGACCUGAAAUGUUAGAAAGUAUGGGUCUACCAAAGGAUUUAAAGGUUUUAGGUUGGGGUUUAUCUUUGGAAAGACCUACUAUGAUCAAAUACAAGGUUCAAAAUAUCAGAGAAUUACUAGGCCACAAAGUCUCGCUAGAAUUCAUCGAAAGUAACCCAGCUGCUAGAUUAGACGAAGAUUUAUAUGAAUGA